CUAUGUUGGGGAUUGUGCGUAAUGCAGAGCGGAAUCUGUGGGAAUCUGGUGCAACUUUUGCCAUUCCAUGGUAGGCGAAUCGUUAUCAGAACAGAUGAUAGGACGAUCAGUUCAAGCAACAACCACAACAAACCCGAUACCCAAUUCGUCUUCAUGCCGCCACAAGUAAACGGCAUGAAUCAGACCGCCUAGCACCGAUUGACUUACUCAGCUUCCGCACAACUUGCAAGUACACGCGGAGUCUGACCUGCACGAAGGAUGCUCGAUCGCGCUUACUCCAAGUGCGUGCUGAAGAUCUCGACGAACACGCAUGGCAGCAUCGCAAAGACUGCUUCAACAGGAUGGCGGAGUAUGAGGACUCUAACAACGCUCUUUACAAAUAUACUCCGCGUGGCAAGCUCCUCUGCAGCUACUGCAUGGACCUUCACCUGGUUUCCUCUUUCGACGCAGCUGAAACAUCCGCGAGUAGCAUCGGGGCCACACACCGAAGACGCUGCACAGCAUCCACAACCAAAGUGUAUCUGUGUCCGCACUUGCAAUUAAGCUUCGAGGAUUUGCAUCAACUCCACGAAAUCCCGGCUAACAGCCUUACCUGCACGAUUUGCACCGCAAGCUGCACGUCAGGGGCCAAGUCAACUGCCCCCAGGGACUACUGUUCGCUGUCUCAAAGAAUGUUCCUGCCCCUAGGAAGCAACCGAUACAUGUGGCCAACACCAGGCCGUCUCCCCAUUAGAGGCGGUACACUUCAUUGCGACUCCUUCUUCGCCAAACUCGCAACAUUGUCCACGCUCCUUAAAGUCAUCCAGAACGCAAACAUGUACAUCUGUCCACAUGUACACAGUAAAGAAAAGGUCUGCGACAUGCUCGCAUCCAUGAUAGAAGAUGCGCUUUUCCGCCGCCGCAAGCGAAAGCAUAGCUUUUAUGAUUCCGCGCCAUACAAGGCGUCCCAGUUUUCGAGUUGUGCGAAGCCUGGCUGUAUAGCCGGAGUCGUAGUCCGUCUGGAAGAGACUGGGAUUAGUAUUAAGACUCCUAGGGAAGUGAAGAUCACGACGGUCAGAGCAGAGAGUUGGAUAGUGAGUACGCAGCUUCCAGUGACGGAUGCUCGGGUGUAGCAGACUGCUAAAGGCUUUUCUAGACUGGGAUGUGCGAAGCAUCGCUUCAUUAUAUUGAGAAGAUAUAAGAAACCAAUUCGGGCUGGAGACACAGCUAUGCCCCCAUAUAUCAUCCCGCCCGUCACGAAUAAACGCAUCUCAUCUAUACUUAUUCUCCUCGCUGAC